AGUUGUUUAUAAGAGUAAACUUUCUCACGCCCCAAAUCCUGGCUAUCUCAUUUACCUUUCCCAUUAACAAGUUUUCCAUUUAACUGAGAAGAGAGACAAGUGAAGAUGUGGUUGAAUUUACUGCUGAGUGUUCUUAUAUCAAUCUCUCAGCAUGUGAAUGGAGAAGGAGAAGAAUGCCCGUGCACUUUCCGUGAAGCUGACAAACUCUUUCCUGGAGGUGAUGGAAGUCGCUGGGACUGUGAAUAUGUUGAACAUGGGCUGACUACUGUACCUAAGGCAUGUUGGGCCCUCCAUCCGGAUGUUACUCAGAUAUUCUUAGACUACAAUGAAAUUGGUCAGUUGGAACCUGACAGUUUUGCUGGGUUAACUAACUUGCAGGUCCUUUCUCUUCGUGAAAAUAAAAUACAGAUAUUGGACGAUGGGAUUCUCUCAGGUUUAAAACAACUGAAAUUCUUGGAUAUUGCAAACAACAAAUUAACGGAGCUACCAAAUGAUCUCUGGGACCUUGUUGAAUUAAUUCACCUUGAUGUAUCAAAUAACCAACUAGCAGAUGCUCAGCACUACGGAAUCCCUAAAUUGGUGAACCUUGAAGUACUAGACUUUCACUUAAACCACUUUCCUGCAUUUCCAUACAGCAGCUUAGAAACUCUACCCAAUCUUAGGAAACUCCAUCUGUACUGGAACAUGAUUACAGACCUCCCCAACCUCUCAGAAAACUUACUCUUGGAGGAAGUACUGAUGCAAGGAAAUGCCAUCCUUGAAUUUCCAAAAUAUGUCUUCGGGACACUUACAAAACCUCUAACUUACCAUAUUGUUGACAACCCAGCUUAUGACAUUUGGGGUACAAUGCUUCUUCCAUUACCUGACCGCAGCCAUAUCAAAAUGGGUUUUGAUGUCACUGUUUGGGCUGAAGAUGAGGCGCAAGCACAGGAAAUACUAGCAAAAGACUGGCUAGUGCAAGAUGGCCUUUCUCAAACAAUUGAUUUAAGUUCUCUCAUUAAGAUAUGUGGUCAAGAAACCACAGCCACAUUAAAUGGACGUGUUCCCCCAUGUUAACUUUAGGAAUUAUUUACUAAAACGUUCAUGUGAAAUUACUUUAACCAAGAUUAUAUGAUAAACAUUCACAUACUUUGAUGCUUCUUUAAGAAAAUUAAGGUAAUGCAUUUUGUUAACUUUCAUGAAAUGUUUAUGGCCAAUAAACACUGCUAUUUA